GCCGCUGACAUCAGAGCAGCGAGAAGCAGCAGCUCCCGUGUCAGUGCGCGAGGAGACGAGGGAGCAAGAGGAAGAGGAAGAAGAAGAAGAAGAAGAAACUUUCCUCUCGAACACAUCCACCGUUCGCAGUUUGUUCUCCCGCGAAACAAACGCGCAGCUUGUGGAUUUACUUGCGACUCGUGGAGGAGAAGCUUUGAUCCCUUGAUGUCAGGCUGCGUUCGUGAUUCCUGCGCUUCAGUUUCCGGAUAAACCAGCUCAGUGUUGUUUGGGGAAGAUUUUUUUUUUAAAUUAUUUUGUUGUUGUUGCUCUGCAACUGUUGGGAUUUUUUGUUGUUCCUCUGUGACAAUCAAACAAACAUUGCAGCCCCAACAACAUGGAGUCACACAGAUAACAAGGGUGAAAUCUUCGCUUGCAGAGAGAAGUCGAGCUCUGUGCUCGAGUUCAACAGGGCCACUUCCUGAUGAUGACAGUAAACAUGGAUGACGGUCUCCAAAAUGGACCCGGACAGCACAGGAACACACAAGAUGAUGAAGAGGCGUUAAACUCCAUCAUGAAGGACCUGGCAGCCCUGGGCCGCUGCUACACCCAGCACCACAAGCCUAAGAACAGAACCUUGCUCUACAAACAGGAUUUAAGAGUCAAGCUGGAGCAUGAGAGAGAGAAACGCAUCAUCCCGUUCCAGAGGCCGCUGAAGAUCAAGGAGCUGCUGCAGAAAGUGACCGAGGCCUUUGGCCAGCAGAUGGACAUGUUCUUUAUGGAAAAAGAGUUGCUGCUGCCCCUGAAGACCCAGGAAGACCUGGACCAGGCGGUGCUGACUUUGAGCUGCAGCUCAGGGAUCAACGGGCUGCUCAGGAUACUGCUCAAGACUCCCAAGAACAACCAUUACCUGCAGGUGAACAGCAGGGACAACCAGAGCGAGCUGAGAUCAUCACGGUCGCUGGGAGAUUUGAAGGGCUCCCUGCUCAAAGGGUCGGAGAGGGUGCGCAAACACUCGACGGGCUCCCUCCACACAGGUCGGACGUCCCCGCCGCCUGGCAGCGUCCCAGAGGAGCAGCAGCAGAUCGCCCGCCAGGGCUCUUACACCAGCAUCCACAGUGAAGGGGAGUUCAUCCCAGAGACCCUGGACCGGAAUAUGCUGGAUCCCUUUGGGAGCGCAGACAAUUCACUGUCAAACAGCUGUCAAUCAAUAGACCAGGCACUGGACAGCCCUCCGUUCUCACAGAACAACCGUGACAAUAAUUACCUAAACCUCAACUACGAAUACAAAGGUCGCCACGGGAAAGGGGGGACUUUCCCUCGCCAGUUCCAGUUGCCAAAUCGCAGCAAGGAUUACGGAGACCGUCGCAGGACGCUUCCCCGGAGCUUCAUGCCACAGGAGAACCUGUUCCAGCUGGUUCCCUCCAGUCGCACACGCAGUUAUAACGGAGACAGUACGCUGCAGUACAGCGACCUGCGCUCGCUGGGCCGCCCCUCUGACAAGAGCUGCCAGCUCAGUACGGCCUCUAAGUCACCGCGGGCGCCAGUCAACUGGCGACAAGGAAAGCUGCUGGGCCGCGGGGCGUUCGGGGAGGUCUACCUCUGCUAUGACGCCGACGCGGGACACGAGCUCGCCGCCAAGCAGGUGCCGUUUGAUCCGGACUGUCGGGAAACCAGCAAGGAGGUGAAUGCUCUGGAGUGUGAGAUUCAGCUGCUGAAGAAUCUGCACCAUGAGAGGAUUGUUCAGUAUUAUGGUUGUCUUCGGGACCUGGAGCAGAGAAAACUCACCAUAUUUGUCGAGUUUAUGCCCGGGGGCUCAAUAAAGGACCAACUUAAAGCCUAUGGCGCACUGACGGAGAAGGUGACGAGGAGAUACACCAGACAGAUCCUCCAAGGAGUCUCCUACCUGCACAGCAACAUGAUUGUACACAGAGACAUUAAAGGUGCUAACAUCCUGAGAGACUCCACGGGGAACGUGAAGCUGGGAGACUUUGGAGCCAGCAAACGCAUCCAGACCAUCUGCAUGUCUGGUACAGGGAUCAAGUCCGUCACUGGCACCCCCUACUGGAUGAGCCCGGAAGUCAUCAACGGGGAGGGGUACGGCCGGAAAGCUGAUGUAUGGAGUGUUGCCUGCACGGUCGUGGAAAUGCUGACCCAGAAACCUCCUUGGGCCGAGUAUGAGGCCAUGGCGGCCAUUUUUAAGAUCGCCACCCAGCCUACGAAGCCUGUGCUUCCCGAGAGCGUGUCGGACGCUUGCAGGGACUACCUGCGGCAGGUGUUUGUGGAGGAGAAGUGGCGGCCCACUGCGGAUGUCCUCCUCAGCCACCCGUUCGUCCAGGGCUGCUUCUGAGGCCUGCAGACCCCCAUCCCCU